AUGGAUACAAUCCUCAAGACACUAGAGACUAGUGUUAGAGGAGGUUCAACAGGUAAAGAAGCAAGAGAUGCAUUCAACCAAUUACUUGGUUUAUUAAAGGAACACGUAGAGAAUGAUACCAUAUCACAAUCGUUCAAGUUGACACCUCAAACCAUUACGACUUAUAUCAAGAUCUACCAAUACUACAUAUCAUCAUCAAACAACAAUCAACCAAGUAGUGAUAAUCUAGCAAUCAGUUCUUUACGUUGUCUAGGUUACUUUAUUUAUAGUAAAUUUAUUGUUGGUCAUUUAUUAGAAAAUCAAAUAAAAGAUAUAUCAAUAUUAUUAGAGAAUACAAUAUCAACUACCAAGAAUAAGAAUAUAUGUAAUUUUGCAGUUUGGUGUUUAACGUCACAAGCAUUUCCAAAUGGUCCAAUUAGUACAAAGUUGGCAAAGACCUAUUGUAAUAUACUAGAGACUGUACCAUUUGGAUCACCAACCAUUGAGCGAGAGGUUUUAUUGUCAUUCACUCACAUCUAUGCUCAAAACCCACAAAUAUUCCUUCCCAUGGCUCAUAAAUGGAUUCCAUUGCUCUUUGACAAGAUGUUGGCCAACUCUAGCACCUCUGGCGAUGUUGGCAAACUGUCAGAAGAGAUGAUCAAGCGAUUGAUAUUGCCUGCUCCACCACACGAGUUGUUUGCACCAGAAGUAUACAAAGAGUUGACACAAGGACUCAUACAAGAAAUAGAUGUAUUUAUUAGCAAGUUGACAAGUUUAAAUGAUAAAAAUGAACUUCAUUGUGCAACGAUCUGGGGUUAUUUUAUCUAUUUUCUUGGUGAAGAAUUAUUUAGUAAUAGUAUUAUAAACAAAAUUUUAAAAUUACCUGAAAAAUGGUUUGUAUGUUUGGAAAAUCCAGAAUUGAGAUGUCAAACAUUUAUAUCUUGGAGAUAUUUAAUUGAUGCUCUUAGACAAAAAUCAUUGGUCAUUCCAAAAAGAUUAAAUUUAAUUGCAACUCCUCUAUCCCUUGGUUUAAAAAGAGAAACAAAUUCAAAUGUUAAAUUAAAUUGUUUUAUCACUUGGUUAUAUUUAUUAAAUGCUCUUGGUGGUGAUUUACCAAAUACAUUUCAUAUUGUAGCUUCACCAAUUAUAACAUUUUUAAUUGAAGAUAAUGAUUUUGGUUUGGAUUGUUUAAAUUUAUUAUCAAUAAUAUUAUUAAAAGAAUCAAAAAUGAGGGAAACUAUAUUUAAAUCAUAUCAAAUUGCUAUUGAACCAUUUCAAGAUUCAUUUAUUUCAAGUCAAUGGAUUAAUCAAAAUUUUGGACUUUUACAAAAGGUUUUAUUGACAUCACUUGAAAAGACCAAAGAUGUAUUGAUUGAGAUUUGGCAAGGACUUUUGGAUCGAGUAUCAGAAAUAUGUAACAAGGAAUCCUCAGACAAUGGCAACAUUCAACAAUUAAUUCAAAACAUUUUAAAAACAUUUGAAGGAAUUGCAAAUAGAAUCAUCAUGGAAGAACAAUGUCAAAAUAGUUUAAAUAUUCAAUAUUUACAAACUGUAUUACAAUUUUUAAUUAGAUCAAUUCCAAGAUCUAUUUUAUUUUCCAUUGAUUAUUCACAAAAAUCAAAACAAAAACAACUUACUCCUUUUGAUUUUAUAAUGUCAAAUUUAUUAGAUAUUGGUAUAAAUGUAAAGGAUAAAGAAUUAAAAACUACAAUCAAAACUAUUUUAAAUGAUUCUAUACAGUUUUCAUGUUCAAAUUCCCCAGAUUUACUUUUAAAAAUUGUAUCUGCUUUGGAUAUUAUUAAUAUUGAAGAAAAUAAUCAAAUUGAUUCAAUUGAUUUCAUUUUACAAUUUUGGAUUUUAAAUGCAACGAUAAUAUUUAAUAGUUUUGAAAAGAGUCAAUUCAUGUCAUCACAUAUGAUAAAUCAAAAAAGUUUAACAUCAUUGAGAAUGGUAUUGGUAUAUCCAUUUAAAAUGUUGGAUUCUUUAAAAGUUUCAAGUGAAACAAUACUAGAUUUAAAGAAAUGUUGGAAGAAUCUAUUUGAAUCAUUUUAUAGAGUAUUUUCAAUCAAAACAUCUUUAAUUGUUUGUUUGGAUCAAAUCAUUGAAAAUAUCUCUACUACUAGAUGGCAAUUAAAUCUAGACUUUUGUUUAGAUACAAUAGUUUCCGUUUUACAAUUGAUGGAUUUUAAUUCAACAACUACAACAAAAAACAAAUCAUCUGAUGAUAUUUUUACAAAAUAUAGUGAUACAUUUAGAUUUUUAAAUACCAUUUUAAUUGAAUUAAAUUGGGUAAAUUAUGAAUUGAAUCAAAGUAUUGGAGGUAAUGUGAAAUCAAUCAUUACCAUUUUAAAUCAAAUCUUUGAGAAAAAAGUAAAUGGACAAUCCAAACAAUUAUUUGGUUUGUUGGAAAUAUUUAAUCCAUCAUUCAACCUGUACAUGAAGUCACCUCCAAAAGAUAUUAGUAAAGAGGCAAAAUCAUCGAUCGCAUUGGUAAAGAAUGCAUUCAACAAACUGUGGAGCGAUAUUCUAAACUCUGCCACAACUAUUGUAAAAAACGAAGGUUACAAUGAUGACCUACUGGCCAAAUUCAACGAUCUACUUGUUAAUGCCUUUCAAUCUCGACAACAAUCAAUUAUGGAUUCAACAUUAAGUUUUUGGAACCAAACAUUUGGACAAAGUCCAAAUUAUAAAUUGAACUAUACUCCUACUCUUCAUUCUAUUUUAAAUGGAUUAAAGGAAAAAGUCGACAUUAAAAUACCACUCUCAUCUAGUGAUUUUAAUCACAAUCAACAACAAAAACCAGAUAUUAAUGCUACUUUGGAAAGUUUAGAUACUUGUACUUUUCAAGAUAAAUCAAAUCUUCCAAUUACUAAUAAUUUUGUAAAGAAUCAAAAACCAAAUGUACAAAAUGAUCAAAAAGUAACGAAAAGAAAGAAGAUGGAUGGUGGUCGACCAUCAAUUGUUACAUCGACAUCACCAAUUAAAAAUGAUGAUCAUGAUACAACUAUUCCAGAAAUUGAUAUAGACCUACCACCUGUAAAGAGCUCUUUAUCAACUUCAACUCCACCAGGUUCCUCAAAAACUGCACCCGCUUCACCAGAUGAUGAGAUGAUGGUCAUUCAAAACAGAGUUGCACAAGCCAACAGUAGCAAUAUGGAUAUCAAAUCCCUAUUAUUGAAUAUUACAAGAUUAAAUUUUGAAGAAUACUCUACAAACUCGUUGCUCGAAUUCCAAGGUCUCGCUUUAUUAAUUUCAAACGAAAUCAAUGGUACUCUUUUACAAAGAAAUGAUAAAUUAAAAUAA